AUGCUCCAGCUUCGAUUCCCGUACGAGCCCUUCUUCGAGAAGAACCCCCGGGGCAACUUGCUCGUCAAACCGGACGUAGUGGCGUUGAUACCUGGUCAAGAUAAAACGAGGGGGGACCAACCCGAUGUGUGGAGCAACUUCUCGCUGUCCAUAGACGUGCGGGCCAUGUCCUCUCCGGACCACACUUCGAUCGUCGCGGCGGGGGACCCCGAGGCGGUGCGGACGCGGAUGCGGCUCAUGCGCAUGGCGGGGCACCACCUCAGCGAGCACAACGCGCUCUGCUCGUUCGUUCUGUCCGUGCGCGGCUCGCAGAUGCAAGUCUAUCGCUUCGACCGCGUGGCGUGCAUCGUGUCGCCUGCGUUCGAUUAUACUGCCGACCCGGACCUGCUGCGACAGUUCCUGUGGGCGUUCGUCCAUCCCGCAAAGGGCACAGCGUUCUUCGGGUUGGACGAGUACAUGGCCUCGGCGACGGAGGCGGAUAUGCGCUGGGCGACGGAGGUAUCCGGAGACGCGUGGCGCGAAAGCGACGUUGACUAUAACAGAUGGAUCAGGAUACCAUCAGAGGACUCGGAGGAGCCUGAGAUGGAGUUCCUCACCUUGCGGCUACGAUGCAGGGGGGAGACGCUCUACUCCGGGGUGACCACCGUGUGGGAGGCCCUCAAGCGGGGCGACUCCAGUGGCAACCGGUACAUCAUCAAGGAUACCUGGCAGCCCGUGAAUGUGGAAGAGGAGAGGCACUUCUAUGAGCGGAUCCUACGGUGCAACCAGGACUUACGCGAUCAGCCGUUCGGUGUCGCCGGGUAUGUACGCGGGGUGAACUACGGUUUGCUUGUCGGCUCGGGCGCUGGCUCCCUGCACCGCACCAUGAGUGCGCGUCUUCGUGGAAGAUGGGGUGGUGCAGAAGAGCGCAAUCAUGUGCGUAUCGUUGUGGACACCGUGGGCAAAACCCUUCGUCACUUCGAGCAUUCGAGGGACCUCAUGGAGGCCAUCCGCGACGCCAUCAGAGGCCAUCUCGUCGCCUACAAAGCUGGUGUCCUGCACGGUGACAUCAGCGAAGGAAACAUCCUCAUGGCAAAGGGUAAACCCUUCAAAGGGUUCAUCCACGACUUCGACCUCAGCGCUUGGAUAGACAGCACCGCAGACGGGGGCCUGGAGGUGCCUAUAGACAAGCUAACCGCAUCUGUUUGGCAGCGGAAACCACUUAUGGGCACGCCGCGGUUCAUGGCCAUCGAGCUCCUCGAGUCGCUAAAGGACGGGGCCCUCGCGCGCACAGCCAGCUUCGACCUCCAGGGCUUCUACUGGCUCGCGCUCCGCGAAGUCAUCUGCUACACGAACUACUACGUCGGGGACGCGGAUGAGGUUGCGCACGAGCUGUUCACGGGCGCGUACACGGAGAUGACGAAGAACAAGCGCAAGUGGCUCAGCAAGGACACGCGCUCGCUCUUCACCGGGAACCCGCCGCUUGUCUUCCUCCUGGGUCGCCUGCAGGACCUCGUCGUGCAGAGCGUCCCCGGGCACGGGAACUCAAGCCUCGUUCGCCUGACACACGAAGCGGUCCUGGCUGUCUUUGACGAGGCACUGGCGAUGGACGGCUGGCGGGAUAACGACCGCGCGAAGCCCAUGGAUGCGAGGCGGAGACUGGGCGCGCCCGUAGUCGCCGGCGCGGGACCGAAGGGGCUUCGUCACACGGAGCCAUUACCCCAGGAGAGAGAAGGACGUAGAGACGAUCUAAAACGCAAACGGGUGCGCGAGGAGGACAACGAAGGGGGACCGUCCUCGCCAUCGAAGCGGCGGAGGCGCUCUGGAGCCGGUCGGAAGAAGGACAAGGCCCCCGCUGGACGUCCCAGGGCGGCGAACUCUGGACCCGCCCCGAGGCCGCGAGGGGGAGGGAAUCCCCAGAACGAUAGACCGGACGCCAUGCAACUAAUGACGAGAAUCAUGCCUGAUCGGGUGUGCGGAAUGUGGAUGAGUUUGCUGCGGCGUUGA